CAAUCUGUACAAGGGACCCAAAGGUAAAUCGAUCGAUCGAACCGCCAUGUAUAUUCCUGCUUGGACAGGCUGAGUAGGAAUUAAAACUCCAGGGUAAAAGGUUACGUUCUGCCUAAAUAGAUUUUAAAAAUCAAAACAAUAACUGGACGUUGCUUUGUCUGGAACUAAAAUUUUAUUGUGUUGUCAAACUUCGAGAUACCAUGGAGUUCUCAAAAUUUCGCCAAAGCGGGGACCUCAGUGACAUCAUCGUCCUGGUGGACAGCCAGGAGCACAAGCUCCACAGGUUCCCGCUCUUCGCCAGGUCCGACUACUUCUGCGAGCUAGCGCGCUCAAAGACGGGAUCAAACGACCCGCCCAAGAUUGACCUGAAAGAUUUUCCGGGCGGCAACGCCAUCUUUAAACUGGUGGCAGAUUUCUGCUACAACAUGCCGGUCAAGGUCACGACCACCAACGCGGUUGAAGUGCGCUGCGCGGCGGAGUACCUGAAGAUGCUCGGCGGCGGGAAUUUGUCAGAGGUCGCGGAUAAAUAUUUGAAAGAUGCACUCACGUCGGCUCGGCUAAAUCGGUCAACGAUGACGGUGCUGACGUUAUUAGCCCACUGCAACAACGCCGGGGAAUUAGCCAAGACGACGGGUUUAGUUGACAACUGCGUCGACGCUUUCGCGGAAUGUUGGGCCAAAGCCACGUCACACGUUUCAAUCGGCAAGGGCGCCGCGUUUACCAAAGUAUCCAGCAGUAAUGAGGUCAAAUCAGCUUUCAAACGAGUUCAGGACAGUGGUCUUCUACACAACUCGGACAAACUAGACGAGGUUAGCGUUAAGCACUUGAUUGCAUUGAGGUACGAUUGGUUCGCCGCCAUCUUGUCUAAAGCACGCGCCCAAGGUGUAAGUUGGAGCGAGCUAGGUACAAUAACAGUACACUUUAUAUCGGCUAUUUUGUUGAUGGAUGCGCAGAAAGAGACGGAAGAGGCAAAUCAAAACUCCACAAAAGGAGAAAAAGAAGAUAAAGACGCAGAGACAAGUAAAGCGGGGACGGACGGGAAAAAGACAACGAAGAAAAUCUCGAAGAAAAAGGAAAUGGACGAGGAAGAAAAGUUAUGGCAGGGCUUAAGCGAAUACAACAAAAAAUGCAAGGUCGGCGAAAUACUUGACGCUGUUGUCUUAGUUCUUCCCGAGCAGGCCUUUACAGUACCUUUAGUAACUAUCGAUUGGCUGACCAAGGUCUUACGGGUGGCUACGGUGCAUAAAUGCGCGUGCAAGGAUGUACUCGUGCGAGUAGCGGCCGACCUGAUGAGCAGACUGGAGGCGGAGGACUUGAGCACCGUGUCCCCGUCGGUCCUACACGAUGUCCUAGUCAGCACCAGCACCGAGCCGGGUGCUAAAAGUCCCCAGGCUGAACGGGCGAGCCGACUCGUUGAUACCUACAUGGAGCAGAUGGCGACAAAGGGUAUUUUGACUGCAGAAACGUUUCGUCUUUUGGCCUCUGCAACCAACAAAUCAACCAGGACUUCCCAUGAUUCCUUGUAUGAGGUUUUGGAGUUCGUUUUGAAAUCAGAAAAAGAUAAAUUAACCAAAGAGCAGAAGGACGAGCUAACGGCUCUUGUGAACUUUGAACUGUUAAAUGAGACCAGCCUUCAGAAAGCGUUGGACAAUGAAGUUACCCCAGCAGCUGUCGUGGCGAGAAGCGCCAUUAAGCUCUGUUCACGUCUGCGCUCUGAGCUUGCUUCCGUCAAGUACAACACGCAGGGAGAUGAGUUCCAGAAAUAUAAUGGAGAUUUAGCCGGAAGUGGGCGAACAGGCAUCGAGAUUCAUCCACCUGUGAUGGUCCAGCCCAAACACUUCACCAGUUUCUCUUCGCGGAACUUGGAUUCAGGUUUUACCGAGACCUCUGACAGUCACCGAGGGCGAUCACCACUGGAACCGUUGCGUCUGGAGGACGAAACCUCCUCAGACGAUCACGCCAGCGACCCAGUGAAGGCAGCCCAGAGCAUCCUGAUGGCGGCACGGCAACGGCUGGCACUUCCGGUCUACACGGGUCACAGACUGUCUCGUCUGUCUCCUCCCUCCUCCGGGGGUCACGUGUACCGCCACGCCCUCCACAGAGGGCUGGUGGAGGAGGAUACGGGCCUGGAGGAAGAUUUAGACUACAAGUACGACAGGCCGUUCCGCAGCCUUGACCCCAGGGUUCGUUAUCACCGAAUCUGGCUACAGGCCCUUAACGGACAGAGGAGUGGGACUUACUUCCCCUACACUAGCUAUCAUAGAUUUUAAAGACAAGGACGCACUUUUAC